UAACUGAACCAAAACACAUUUUAAUAACUGCGCAUGAUCAAACUGAUCAGAAUUGUGAACCAAAACAAACCUUUAUUAUAAUUCCUCAGGAAGCCGCGGCAACAGUGCAACACUUCUGUAUAAUUUCCUUUUUCAUAGCGGGUCUUGUUAAACGGAUCUCAAAAAUGGCUAAACGCACCAAAAAAGUAGGAAUUACUGGUAAAUAUGGAACCAGAUAUGGUGCCUCACUUCGUAAGAUGGUGAAGAAGAUGGAAAUCACUCAACACAGUAAAUAUUCCUGCAGUUUUUGUGGAAAGGAUGCCAUGAAGAGGAGUUGUGUUGGCAUUUGGUCUUGCAAACGUUGCAAGCGAGUUGUAGCUGGAGGAGCCUGGGUAUAUUCCACAACAGCUGCUGCUUCAGUCAGGUCUGCUGUGAAACGACUUAGGGAAAAUAAAGAACAGUAAUUUAACUAAUAAAAAAUUUGAAAAUUAA